GGUUAAUAGCUAGUACAGCGAGGCGAGAGCCACCUAACCGGGGAUACGGUAACACAAAAGUCAAGAGUCGCCAAUAACUGGUUAACCAAAAGAUUUAGGCUAGGUGAGUGAUUUCUGCAAGAUGUCAUUCCCUCCUCAUCUCAACCGACCACUGUUGCCCCCGGGCAUUCCUCCUCCACAGUAUGCUGGUUUUGCUUCAGGUACCCCAAUGAUACCAGUCCACAUGGGCAUUAUGACUCAGACCCCUGCGGUCCUGGUACCCACCUCCAUGCCUGUGGUCAGCAAGCCCGCGGCUCCCAGGAAGGAGGCGGCCCCAGUGAGGGCCAAGGAGACGGAUGAGACCAGUGGGCCAACCACCACAGUUUUUGUAGGGAACAUCUCAGAGAAGGCCUCGGACAUGCUCAUCCGACAGCUGCUGGCGAAAUGUGGCCUGGUCCUAAGCUGGAAGCGAGUACAAGGAGCCUCUGGAAAACUUCAAGCUUUUGGGUUCUGUGAGUACAAGGAGCCUGAGUCGACGUUGAGGGCCCUGCGGCUGCUCCACGAGCUGCAGAUCGGGGAGAAGAAGCUGCUGGUGAAGGUGGAUGCAAAGACCAAGGCCCAGCUGGAUGAGUUCAAGGCCAAGAAGAAGAGCAGCACCAACAGCAACGGGAUGACGACAGCAGAGGACGGGAAAGAGGAGGAGGAGGAUGAGGAGGUGAUUGACGAGGACACACAAAGACGGGACCAAAUCGUCAAGGGUGCCAUUGACGGUCUGAUCCGUGAAUAUGCCAGCGAGCUGAACGCUCCCUCGAAUGAUGAGUCCCCGCUCCGCAGGAAAAAGAAAGAGAAAAAAGAAGAGGAGGAUAUCAACGCCAUUGACGGCUUGGAGGAUGACAAGAGAGACCUGAUUUCCAGAGAGAUCAGUAAAUUCCGUGACACCCACAAGAAACUGGAGGAGGAGAAGGACAAGAAGGAGAAGGAGCGUGCAGAGUUUGAGCGCGAGCGACGGGAGAGGGACAAGGAGAGGGAGCGCGAGAGGGAGCGCCGGGACCGUGAGCGCGAGAAAGAGCGCGAGAAGGAGAGGGAGCGGGAGCGGGAGAGAGAGCGCGAACGGGACCGAGGUGACCGAGAUCGCGACCGCAACCGAACGAAAGAGCGUGAGAGGGAGUGGGAAAGGGACAGGAGUCGUGACCGGAGCAAGGACCGCAGCCACUCAAGAGAGGUGAGUCGCGACAGAGACAAGGACAAGAAGCGUGAUCAGGAGGAUGAGGAGGAGGCCUAUGAGCGCAGGAGGCUGGAGAGGAAGCUCCGUGACAAGGAGGCAGCCUAUCAAGAGCGCCUGAAAAACUGGGAGAUCCGUGAGCGGAAGAAGGCGAGAGACUAUGCCAAGGAAUCGGAGAGGGAAGACGAGCGCAGAAGGGAGAUGACAAAAGAAAGCAAGCGACUAAAGGAGUUCCUGGAGGACUAUGAUGAUGACAGAGAUGACCCCAAGUACUACAGGGGCAGUGCACUGCAGAAGCGUCUGCGAGACCGGGAGAAGGAGACUGAGGUGGACGAGCGCGACAGGAAGAGAGAGAAGGAGGAGCUGGAGGAGAUCAGACAGAGGCUGCUAGCUGAGGGACAUCCAGACCCAGAGGCUGAGAUACGCAGGAUGGAGGAAGAGGAGGCGGAGCGUCUACGCCAGCCUCCGGUAAAGCUGGAACCCGAUCCUGAAGAGGAGCGGGUGCACAAGGCACCACGGGAAGACCAGGGAGAGGAGGACUUUGACGAUGAGGACGACCAAUCGGGGUCCAAGCCCUGCUUGAAGCCCACGCUAAGGCCAAUCACGGCAGCCCCAUCUGUGUCGUCAGCCAGCGGGGGUGCCACCCCCAACACGCCAGGUGGCGGUGAUGAGUCACCCUGCGGCAUCAUCAUCCCCCACGAGAACUCACCCCCUCACGAGGCCCCGCCCCAGGAAGAGUUCCGCCCCAAAAUUGGGCUCAGCCUCAAACUAGGAGCCACUAGCAGCCCCAGCCAGCCAAACGUGGCCAUGAAACGGAAGAAGCUAACCGUGGACAGUGUCUUCAACAAAUUUGACGACGAGGAAGCAGACGAGGCGCCGCGGAAGCGCAAGCUGGUGCCGCUGGACUACGGCGACGACGACAAGAACCUCCAGAGCGUGGUGGAUGGGGCCUCGGGACUGGCUGCCAUUAAGGGAGCUAACACCGAGGAGAAGCGCAAGCACAUCAAGAGCCUGAUUGAGAAGAUCCCCACGGGCAAGACAGAGCUGUUCUCCUACCCGUUGGAUUGGUCUGCCGUGGACUCUACUCUGAUGGAUCGACGCAUACGUCCCUGGAUCAAUAAAAAGAUCAUUGAAUACAUUGGAGAAGAAGAGGCUACACUAGUUGAUUUUGUCUGCUCAAAGGUGAUGGCUCACGGUACCCCACAGGGCAUCUUGGAUGAUGUUGCCAUGGUUCUGGAUGAAGAAGCAGAGGUCUUCAUUGUGAAGAUGUGGAGGCUGCUGAUCUAUGAAACAGAAGCCAAAAAGAUUGGGCUGGUGAAAUAAGAACUUGAAGAAAGCACUAAGAAGGAACCAACAUCCAACUUUUUCUAUUAGUUAUGUGAAAUUUAUCACUCACCAAAAAGACUUCUCAAUUUGAGCAGCUUAAAAUCAAAGAAUGAGCUCAUCCUAACAACGGCUUUCUCAUACAGACAAUAUUGUGCUCACGUUUUGCCAUUCUUCCAAUUGACUCUGGUACAUGUGUCAUUUACUGCGGCUGCUCACUGUAUUGGUCCAUAGCCUCUGGGUGUGUGAAUGACUUGGACAAAACGACUUAUUGACGAAAGCAACCACUUCGGCAACUUCCCGACUACAGUCUCUGGGCUUCACUUUGAUAUUCUGAGGAAAUGGAGGUUAACAAUAUAGAAGAAAACUUCAUGGCUUGGAAGCCAUGUUUUCAUUGAACGUAUCUUACUGGUCUGUUUCUCUAUAAUUUUGUGACUUAGUACUUAGAACCAUCCACAACUUCUAAACCAUCUAAAAGUAUUUGUAAUUCUACUGCCAUCUGCUGAGUGAAAUGUAUUUAUGUGCAGGGUAGACCUUUAAAUUGAGUAGCUUUGUUUCUGUAUUACAAACAAUAUUUGUUAGUUCUGUUAUUUGAGGAUGAUAGGCCAGCUAUUUACCAUUUACUGAAUUGUAGUUGGUUGGUGGGUCUAUCUUUACGCUGUAACAGGGUAAAAAUGCAGCCACCUGACAAACCACUUCAUAGGAAAAAUGGAUUUGGGAAGACAUGCUCAAAGGAUACAUCUCCAUUUUGUUUUUGUACCAGUUGAUUUUGUUUUGAAUAAAGAUGAUUUUAUAAUUG